AAACCGUUAUCCCUCAAAAAUUCUGAAUAGAAAGCUGAGCUUAAUCCUCAACCACUCGACCAAGAAAGGAGUGUGGAAGAAGAAACAGAGCACAUAGAUUGAUUGGUGAAGGAGAAGAAAAAUGAGAGGUCUUGUAACUUUACCACCAUCUGUAUCCCUCUUCUUCUUCUCUCAUCAUCCCCCUAAUAAUUCAUGUCCUCAAUUUUUACACCAGAAAACUACUCAACAGCAGCAGCAAUUCAUCUGUCUCUCAUCUCCAACCUCCUCUUCAUCGGUUGUUGAAGAAGAACAAGAUUCACCUUUGAAUUUCAGCGGGUGUAAGGGUUGUGGUAGAGAGCAGAUAGAAAAUGGGUGCAACAGUGAGGGUCGGAUUCAAGGCGGAAUUGCUACAAUACCAGGCUUUGGUUGGUGGCCGAUAAAGGCUUAUAGGCCUUGUCCUGGUUUUCUUGCAUCUGGUGGCAACUACAGGCGACGCGGUCAAAGCAUGGAUGAGGUUGCCUUCGGAGGGGGCAAAAGGGUAACUUCCAUGGAUGACUCCGAGACAAAGAAGAGAGGAAAGAACAGAAAUCAAUUCAAGGGAUGAAAAUUUCCUCAUCAAAUUAUCAGACUUGUGUUUGCAUAAGAGAGAUGCUUCCAAAGUUCUGUUGAUAUAUAUUUUGUAUAAAUUGUCACUGCAAAUAUAUAUAGAAUGUGCUAAGCAUCAGUAUUUGAGGAGGAACAGCUUCUUGAUUCAGAGCAGAAUGUUGUAGCUUGUAAAGUCCCUUGGACAACAUGAUCCCUUAAAGAAUAUUGAAAAGUUCCUAA